AUGUAUCGGCGAGUUCGUACCGAAUCAACGAGUUACUCUCCUCUUCCGGAGCUCAGUACUCAAUCAACAAAAUUCGAUCAUACUUAUCGAUUCAAUAGAGCUUAUUUAUCUCAUUUCGGAAAAAUAGCAUUUCAUAUCAAAAAUAUUGGGAAAUGGAAACGAAAAGAAUGGUGUCGAUUUGCGAAAGGAUUGAUGCCAAUCACAAUGUGGUUACCUCAUUAUUCAUGGAAAUCGAGUCUUCUAUUCGAUUUUCUCGGUGGAUUAAUGGUUUCAGUAAUGAGUGUUCCACAGAGUCUCGCGUAUGGAAUGUUAGUUGGUGUUCCACCGAGUUAUGGUCUCAUAACUGGAAUAAUCGGACCUUUCGUUUAUGCAUUAUUUGGAACUUCGAAACAUGCAUCACCUGGAUCAUUUGCAAUUGUCUCUUUGAUGGUUGGAGCCGUCGUUGAGAGUUUUGGACAUUCUGUUUCAAUAGAUGAGGUGGAUUCAAUUCCGAAUAUAACUGAAGAAUUUUGUUGCCGAGAAAACAAACCGAAAGUUUCUGAUAGUGAUGCUAUUGCAAUUGCAACUUCAGUUACUCUUCUCGCUGGGUUAUUUCAAAUUCUUUUCGGAUUAAUGAAUGCUGGAUUACUGGCAGUUUGGCUAUCAGAUCAAUUGGUUCAAGGACUGAUUUCUGGUGCGGCUGUUCAUGUAUUAACAUCUCAAUUGAAGUCGAUGACUGGAGUUACGAAUGUUCCUCCGACAAGUGAACCAUUUCAGCAUAUGCAGUUCUACGUCUGCUUCUUCUCACAAAUAAAAAAUAUUGAAAUACCGGCAGUGAUCAUCUCAAUAGUAUCCGUUUCACUUCUAUUAAUAUCUGCCUACAUCAUCGAUCCAUGGUUGUGUAAAAAGAUUCCAGUCAAGUUUCCAAUGGAACUGAUAUUGGUUAUUGGGAUGACUCUGACUGUUCACUUCACACGGAAUACUUCGUAUCAUUUCAAUGUGAAAACAGUUGGAGAAGUGACAAGUGGAAUACCUGCUCCGUUUGUUCCUCCAAUGAAUAAUCUAUUCGGAAUGAUGGGAUCAGCUAUUUCGAUUGCAAUAAUAUCAUUCGUAAUUCACAUAUCUCUUUGUAAACUGAUUUCAAAGAAGCUCCAAUACGUUGUGAGUUCAAAUCAAGAAUGGUUUGCACUUGGUUUAAUGCAUUCAACCUCUUCAUUCUUCGGUUGUUUUGCUGGUGGAUCAUCACUCGGAAGGACAAUGAUGCAAGUGAAAUGUGGAACUAAAUCUCAACUUUCAACUAUUGUUUCUUCUUUUGUUUUGAUUAUUUUCGUAAUGGGAGCAGCUGGAACAAUCGAACAUCUUCCCAAACCAGUUCUAGCUUCAAUUGUUGUCGUGGCAAUGAAGGAUCUCUACAUUCAAAUAUUCACAUGUUCAACACUUCGAGAUAAGAAUUUUGUGGAUUAUUUAAUAUUCGCAACAACUUUCACUUCUGUUAUCGUUCUGAAUGUUAAUUUCGGUUUGAUUAUCGGAGUUGUUUUUGAAUUAUUGACAGUUGUAUUGAGAUCUCAAUGGGCCGACAGUGCGUUACUGGGAAGAAUCAGAGGAACGAACCAUUUUCGACGAUUGGGUCUUUAUGAGACAACGUAUGAUAUUCCGGGGAUCAAAGUGUUCCGAUUCGAUUCUCCAUUAUAUUUUGCGAAUUCCGAAUUAUUUGUUGGACGAAUUCAUGAAGCUUGUGGACUGAAUCCUCUUAUUGUUCGUGGAGAGAUUGCUGAAACUGACAAGAAAAGAAAAGCAAAAGAAAAGAAGAAAGAGAAAGCAGAUGCUGAAAAUCAACAUUCGAAAGAGAAUGAAACGAGUGAGAGUUCACCGACCCUUCUUCUUCAAUCCCUUCUCGUUUCAGAAUUAGAAGUGAGUGCUCAUCAAGCAAAAGUUUUGGAUGAGAAGCAACCACAGUUGGAUCCAGAUCCGGCAGUCAAUUUUGAGACGACACAACUCACUCAUAUCAUCAUUGAACGAGUUCGUCAACUUUUCGAAACAACGAAUUUCUUUGAUGAAGUUCCUCGAAAUCGAGUCUAUAUGAAAGCAGCUCCGAAGCCCACCGUCGCACCUCCUAUUGCUAAGUCUGUUGGACAAAAAUCGGUUCCACUUGGUGACAAUACACUGGUUAAAACUCAAAGUUCUGCUUCAUUGGUCACUGGAGUGGAAUUUUCUGUUCGAGAUAAUACAGCGAAAGAAGGAACGAUUCAAAAGAAGCCUCGAGUACCAAGUAAAUCGAAUAUUCAUUGGGAUGACCUGGACAAAACACAAACUGAUUCUAGUAAAAGAUGA